CACACUACCAAAACCGCUCAACCGGCACAAUAAAUAUAAACAAAGACAUCGUUGACCGUCUCCGAUUUCAAGUCUUCCAACGACUCCAAAUAUCGAUUUGACAGAAAAUCCCAAAACUCUUGGAGCUAUUUUCGGAAGAAGAAGAAGAUCACUAUGAUGAUCAUGAAGAUGAUGAGGGUGGCGAGGUCAGUCAACAAUGGCGGGAGCAGUAGUAAUAUCAGCAGCAUCAGCAACUUCCACCGCCAUAUUUCCAUGUCGGUCUUUCCGGCGAGGUCUCUGGCCAGUGGAAGCGGUUUUAAUGCGGUGGAUGAUUUGUACUUGACGAAGAGAAUCAUGACGAUGAUGAAGAUGAGUGCGGCUUCUUUCUCUUCUUCUUCGUCGCCGGCGAAAACGACGUCGUUGACGGAGAAGGAGGAGCUGAAAGGGAAGAAGGAUCAAAGUAACGCGAUUGUUUCGAGCUAUUGGGGGGUUUCGAGACAGAAGAUUACUCGGGAAGAUGGAACCGAGUGGCCAUGGAACUGCUUUAUGCCAUGGGAGACCUACGCUGCAGAUUUGUCGAUCGAUUUGAGCAAACACCAUGUGCCGAAGACGUUCGGGGAUAAGUUCGCUUAUAAAACAGUCAAACUCCUCAGGAUUCCGACGGAUUUGUUCUUCAGGAGACGAUAUGGGUGUCGAGCAAUGAUGUUAGAAACUGUUGCAGCCGUCCCUGGCAUGGUAGGAGGUGUCCUCCUUCACUUGAGGUCUCUCCGCAAGUUCGAGCAAAGCGGUGGUUGGAUCAAGGCCUUGCUUGAAGAAGCAGAGAACGAGAGAAUGCACCUAAUGACAAUGGUGGAACUGGUUCAGCCCAAAUGGUACGAGAGACUACUGGUUCUAGCCGUUCAGGGAGUCUUCUUCAAUGCUUACUUUGUGCUUUAUGUACUCUCCCCCAAGCUAGCACAUAGAAUUGUUGGUUACUUGGAAGAGGAGGCUGUACAUUCUUAUACGGAGUACUUGAAGGAUCUCAAUGAAGGUAGGAUCGAAAAUGUCCCGGCUCCUGCCAUUGCAAUUGACUACUGGAGAUUACCAAAGGACGCAACCCUUAAAGAUGUCAUUACUGUUAUUCGUGCUGAUGAAGCUCACCACCGCGAUGUCAACCAUUUUGCAUCAGAUAUCCAUUUUCAGGGAAAAGAAUUGAAAGAAUCUCCAGCUCCAGUUGGAUACCAUUGAGGAUAUAUAUAAAUAUAUAUAUAUAUAUAUAUAUAUAUUGAUGAUAUAUACAAGUCUUGGACUGCUUAUGACCUAAUGUGGACUCAAAGAGCUUCAAGUUCAAAAGCUACCGAUCUUUUAUCAGAACCUCCGAUUCUAUGUUUAUAACCAUUUUUGGAGGGAUAUAUUGUAGUUUGAUAUAGAAAACCAUGCUUGUGUUGUAAAAUUGUUCAUGAAUUCUAUAAAAAGUAGUCAAUGUUUACAAACUUGAAAUAAUAUAUUUCUAAAAUGAGUGAUGUUAAGUACAAAAUUUAUUGUAACAAGCAUUACAACUAUUUGAGUAGACAAGGUUGUAUUGCUUUUUUA